UGGCAGGGCCGGGCGAGGACCUGGGACGCCGGUGGCCCUAGCUCCGCACCCCCCCCGCCCCUCGCUGGGAGAGGCAGCCGGCUGCUGGCGGACGAUGUGGGCACGGCUGCUCCCCAGUGCGUCUUCGGCCCGGGUCCCAGCUGCCGCCCUUCUUCCCUGCUCGCUCCAUCCCACGGAGGGGAGUCGAGGCUGCUGUCUCCGCCGCCACCGCCGAAGCCGGGGCUGAUGGAUGCCAGGGAGUGCCGCAUUGCUUAGCGUCCCCGCCUCCGGGUUUGCUGACGCUCUCUCCCCGCCCUGGAGCUCAGCGCUGAAGAGCCACCUUAUUAUUAAUCAGAAUUCCCAUCGUUAUCCCUGGCAGGCGCAUCCUUCAGUAGGGACGGCAGAAGCAUCACAGAGCUGGGGCUGAGAUGUGCGUGGGGGUUGUUUUUGUUACAUCUUGGAAGAUACGAGGACAGUACCAAGAUCAGUGCCAGCCGUGCUGUGUGGGCUUAGGGGUGUUUUGCUAGGGUUGCGGAAGGACAAGGAGUGUUGGGCCCACCAGAGGUCCACAGCUCUUUAAAGGAAAGGGAAGAGGGAACCAAAGUGAGGUGUUGUUUUUAGGGGGUGGGAAAAGAAGUUCAUACUCCCACAAAAAAGCUGCCGAGAAGCGGGAGCAACAGGGUACUGGUCUGGACCUCAAAACAAAUAAUUUCCUGUACAGAAGAGGAAGCAGGCAGCAGCGAGAUCUGGCGCGUGGUGGUGGCAAGGGCCAGGUCUGUUGUGGGACAGUCAGCAGGAGGAAGGGAAGGUUCAGGAACAAGCAGGACCAUGACUCAUUUACAAGCCGGUCUGUCUCCUGAGACCCUGGAGAAAGCCCGCCUGGAGCUGAACGAGAACCCAGACACCCUGCACCAGGACAUCCAGGAGGUGAGGGAUAUGGUCAUCACCAGGCCGGACAUUGGCUUUCUUCGCACUGAUGAUGCCUUCAUCUUACGCUUCUUGCGGGCCAGGAAGUUUCAUCACUUUGAGGCCUUCCGCCUCCUGGCCCAGUACUUUGAGUACCGGCAGCAGAACCUGGACAUGUUCAAAAGCUUCAAGGCCACUGACCCUGGAAUCAAGCAGGCACUGAAAGAUGGCUUCCCUGGGGGCCUGGCCAAUCUGGACCACUAUGGCCGGAAGAUUCUAGUCCUUUUUGCAGCCAACUGGGAUCAGAGCAGGUACACACUGGUGGAUAUUUUGCGUGCCAUCUUACUUUCCUUAGAAGCCAUGAUUGAAGAUCCUGAGCUUCAAGUGAAUGGAUUUGUUUUGAUCAUAGACUGGAGUAACUUCACCUUCAAACAGGCCUCCAAACUUACACCAAGCAUGCUGCGGCUGGCUAUUGAAGGCCUUCAGGAUAGUUUCCCAGCACGAUUUGGAGGAAUUCAUUUUGUCAAUCAACCAUGGUAUAUCCAUGCCUUGUACACCGUGAUCCGGCCUUUCCUAAAGGAGAAGACUCGGAAAAGGAUAUUUUUGCAUGGUAACAACCUGAACAGUCUACAUCAACUAAUUCAUCCUGAGAUCCUGCCUUCUGAGUUUGGAGGAAUGCUGCCCCCUUAUGACAUGGGAACGUGGGCAAGAACACUGCUAGAUCAUGAGUACGAUGAUGACAGUGAAUACAAUGUGGACUCCUACAGUAUGCCUGUAAAGGAGGUGGAAAAGGAGCUCUCCCCCAAGUCCAUGAAGAGAUCCCAGUCAGUAGUGGAUCCUACAGUACUAAAACGCAUGGAUAAAAACGAAGAAGAAAACAUGCAACCUUUGCUCUCCCUGGACUGAUAACUUCUCUGCACUCUCCAUGGAUUAGAACUGGAAGGUACUUGUUUUCAGCAACAGGGACAGCACUGUGGAUGAAUGACCAGCUGGAAACUUAUUUAUUCAUGUUAAUGUAGCAUAAUAUAUAAUAAGGCAUUGGGCUUUCCCAUUCGCCUGAACCAUGGGUGCCCUGGUCUGGAGUUAAAGAAAAAAGUCAAUAAUUUAUUCUGUUAAGUGCCAAGUUCUUUGUAAAUAUAAUGUAAUCUUUAUGUCAAGUUUGUAAACUUUGGUAGUAACUUAAAUUGGAAAAGAUUGGCUCAUGAGUCCACGCCAGUGAUAGGAAUUAUAAUAAAAAACAAAAAAAGACACAUACGCGGUGGAAGCUAAUUAAAUGUAACCCUGUUUCCUAUGAAGCCAUAUUUCAGCUAUCAUAGUGAUUGUUUCAUUGUUUUUCUCUGAAAUUGUCAUAUUCCAAUGUACUUUUAAUGGACACAGGUAACUAGAUGAUUCUAGGAAAUUAGUAUGAUAAAUGUAUUUCCUGCCUAGUGAUUUUCAUUUCACAGAAAUAUGUGUCCUAGUGACUAUUACUGGCCUUGAAUUUUGGAGCCAAGGAAUGGCAGAGGAGCUGGUAAACUGAACACUUGAACUCUUCUAUGUUGUUUAAUUCCUGGAGUCUUGUGAAAAGAUAUGUUUUCCAUAUUAAGAUGUCGAAUUCUGAAAGAGAGUGGAUUUUUUUAAACUGCUGUCUUUACAGUGUGUCUUUUAUUUAAGACCCCAUUGUAUCUCUGUCUAAUGUACUUUAAGAACAUUGCUCCCCCCCAAAUUCUUUGACCAAGAGAAAGAGAACUCAUACAUGAAUAGUGUUUUGACAGCUAAUUUUGGACAUAAAAUUGCCAUAUACAAAUAAGGGGCUAAUUUCUAAUUCCUGUGCACACGUUGGAAAUAUAUAUACAUAUAUAUUCACAUGCACAUAUAUAUUUUUAUUGAGCUCUAAUAAUUCUUGAUGUGGCAGCCUUAUAAAAUAAAUUAUACAUAUUCAAUGGUCUCAGAGAUGUUAUAAAUGAAUAUGUGAGAUGUUAACUCUGGAAAACUACUUCUGCUAAAGUUAAUGAAAAUGCGGUUUAGUGAAAUAGGCUUUCAGUGAACCUGCUUAAGGGAAUUCCAAACUAAUUUGUAAUGCAAUCGUGAAUCUGUGCCAUUUUAGAGAAAAAUAUUUUUCCCUCAAAAAACAGCAGGUCUCAACAUAACAUAUGUAUCAGGUGACCAAGAAUAAUACAAUUUUUCUCAAAAAUUCAAGUUAAUUAUCUUAAUGACCUUAUAAGUACAGAUUUUCUUUUCAGAAAAGAUUGAAGGAACAAUCCGUAAGGCAUAAUGAAAGCAUCUGAGGGCAUCUGAGAUAGCAUAUUAUAAUUCAAAUCUGGAUGUGGAAUCCUUAUGUUAUUUAGGUUUUAUUUCAUAGAAAUUGUGCAAUUAUAGAACAUUUUAAAAAUCUUAUUUUAAAUUUCAAAUUCCAGUGAGAAAAAGCAAGAUUUUUUACCACCUCUUCAGAGUGACAAUUUUUGAGAUCGAAAAUCUACCACUAAAAUAUUCUUUUGAAAGAAAAAUAUCUCAAGGAGCUCUUGGAAACCAACAGAAAUAUAGGCAUGUAGCAGCCCUGAUAUAUUUUUAGCCAAAAGCUUCAAAAGUUCCACAUACAAUUCUAGAGCCAAAAAGUCUUAAAAUCAAGAUCAGCACACUAAUUUGCAGUAUCACUGAUGGCCUACCUGACAUUUGUAAAAAUACAUAAAUAUACAUAAAUAAUAUGAUUGAAAGACGCCUUAGAAAUGUCAACCGCAAUCAAGUGCAGAAGAAUAACAGUAGUCAGGGACUCUGCUGUGCCCAUAAAUAUUAGAGAGAUUGGAAUGACCUGGGGAUCCAGAGCCACAGCAGCUGUGGUUCUUUGUAAGAACCCUACCCAUGAGAUUCUUACAUUUUUGCCCACCUGACACACAUUUAUAGUCUUGGAAUUUAUAUAUUAGAGAAGCUCGUGUUAGGCAAUAUGAUGAGUCAGGAUAAAAUAGAAACAAAGUACAGAAGGAUGGUCAACUUUUCAGUCUCCCGUGUUUCUCUUGAAAUACACUAUUACCAUUGAUUACCGAUGUUUAGAAUUCUACCGGCUUUGGAUAUCAACCAGUAUAACCAGCUCCUUUCCCCUCUCAUAAAGCUAGUGUCAUAUAUAAAUAACCAAAAAGGCAUUUUUUUAUGUGUAUACCUAUCUGAUUCCCACUCUCUCCCUUACCCAACAUUUGGAAACUUCAUUUCCCAUUGCUGUGCGUCUGCUUUUCUUCAAAUGAGCCGUUGAGAGUUGGCUGCAUUGUGUAAAAUAUUUUAAAUGAAUGAACACAUUUCAACAAUGAUGCCUUUUGAAAUUGCUUUAUCUAGUUCAAUCCGUGAGUAAACUCUUUCCAGGAAUGUUUUUGGAGCUGUUUGGUCAAGGGAUAUUUGGUCAACUUUAUAAAUUUUCCCGUUCAGUACCAGCUAACUAGCAUCAUUUAAGGAUGUUUUUCCCUAAUGUGUUAUGUCUGUUGUCACAUAACUUCAUAAACAAGCACCUCCGUAGUCUUUCAAUUUAAUUGUGAUAGUUCUCUGUCUCUCUCUGUCUCUCUGUCUCUUUAUCUCUCUCUCUCUCACACACACACACCUACACACACACACACACACACACACACACACACACACACACACACACACAGCUGUUUGCCCUAAUGGAUUUGGCUAUUUUGAGAACUAUGCUUUACUUUUGUAGCCAUCUUGUUACUGAAAAUAAAUAGACAUCAAAGAAUGACCACAUUUGAUUUGGAAUAGACCAGUAGUUCAUACUUCUCCCACCCUGCCUGUUCCUUCAGCUAGUUCUUAUAUCUUUUCUUCCUUCCAUUGUUUCAGGGGCGGCUGCUUCCAAAGCUGGUUCAAAAAUAAAUGACUUUCCUUUUAUUGUCAGUGAUAUUUGCACACAUUUUUGCCUGAUAUUUUUAAAGGAAGAGAUUAUUGUGAAAAUACACUCUAAGAAAUACGAAGAAGUGCCUCUUUAAAAAUGAGAUAAAGCAGUGAUACUAGAAUAUGGAUUCUAUUUAUAUUCUCUUUGGAAAAGUAAAUACAUGCAUCUAUGUCAUAAGGUUGAAACAUAAAUAUCAUUUGAAGAAGGAUAUUGAGGCCUUGCUUUGAACAUUCCCAUAGAAUAUUAAGUCUUUAUUGUGUAAGUUCAAUACCAUAACUUGAACGCGUUAUUGACAAGUCUGGCAUUAUGCUAAAACAAUAUACAACUAUUUGUUCAAGGAAAUGUUUGAAGUGGGCAUGCAUGAUUUCUUUUAUUUCAAUAAUAGUUUGCAUAGUGUAGGCAGAUAUUUCUUAAGUUUUUUCACAAAAAAUGCUUAUUUACUUUACCAUACUGAAAAUUCAUACAUUCAUGAGCAGGAAAGCCGAGCAGCUAGGUUCUCUCUAAUAUUGUUAACUAGGUCACAUUGUUAAAUUAAACAUUUGAAGUUUCUGUAUUAUUCCUGAGGGAGCAGAGGUCCCUCUAAUGCAUCAAGAAAAAGGAGCAUUGUUUUAGACCUCGGGGAACAUGUUUUUCACCUACAAAAAGACACUCUUACAGCCAUGGCAGUGUAUCUUCAGAAACAGAUUUCCUUUUUUUUUUUUUUCUCACAAGCAACCUAAAGGUUUAUGGGAUUUGUCUGUGGCCCUUUAGAGAACUUAUAUAAAGAAAACCUGCUGAGAGGCUAUGUAUUCUGUUGUCUUAUCGAAAUGUCUAACUGGUCUGGUUAGUUAAUAUAUUUUUUGAUUUUUAUUUUGUGUGUAUUUAUUAAUGAUUACUUGAAAAGCUGCUAUCAGCCAUCAAGACAUUUUAGAGGGAUUUUCAUCACACAAAAUAAAAGGAGCAAAGCUCUGGCAUGAUAUUUGAACCUUCAGAUAUAGUAUUUACAUUUUUUUAAAUCAAUAAACUCAUAGGCAUAUAUUCCAUUUUAAGUAUGCUCUAUAGAUAUAUAGCCUAAAAAUAGUGGUGCAUUUUAAAUUUAUAAUACCAUUAGAUCAUGUAAGAAUCAGCAAGGUAUAUAAUAUAUAUUGCUACAAAAGUAGAAGAUUGGUUAAACAUCCAGGAUGUGUAAUUAUCUUCAGUAAUAAAAAGGAUUUGUUUUUUUGUGUUUGUUUGUUUUAGUUGAUGAAAAACUGAUUUCAAUAUGCAAUUGGAAUUAUUUAGCACUCUAUGCUAGUAGAAAGGUGACAAAUAAGCAAGACUACAAAAGGAGAUUUGAAAUAUAUUAUAUCUUGAUCUUAGUGGCUUAAAUUUUUCACAAGUUCAAUUUUUUAUUCUGUAAGCAUCCAUUGGUUGACCCCACACAAGGAAAUACUAUUAUGGAGUCUAUUCUGUGAUAAGCAUGGGAAUUUAUUCAUUUGGAUUGUGGGAAAAAAUAUAAAAUAGCAAUUCUGUGGAUUGAGAUGGCCAAAUGUUACUGUUUCUUAAAGGUGGGGGGUGUAAAGGAUACUUUGGAAUCAAGAAAAAACCCCAAAAUGCAUAGAUUUAAAUACAAUGAAUACACUUUUAUAGUAGAUAGUGGACAUGUUACAAUUCAGAAGGUGUUGGUCAGUAUUUGGCUUAGUUUCAAGUUUUCAGUUUGUGGUUUUAAUGAUAUCAAUUCAUUUAUUCUUUCAAAAUAAUUUGUGGUGAAUGAGAGCGACCUCAAUGAAAAUCAAAAUAAAUGUUAAAAGAACUUUAAGACUGAAUCAAUCCCCAACUAUUUUGAAAAAUUGCCAUGGACUAUAAAUGGUUUACAUAUAAUUGCAAUUCAAGAAUUGUCUUAUUUCUAUUCUAGUUUUCAGCUUUCAGACUUGCUUAGAAGAUAAAUAAAAUUAAGAAAACAAAACAAUUAAGAAAGAAAACAAAACAAGAGUCUAAGAGGUAGUUUAUACAAGUCUUUCAGAAGAAUACAAGCACACUGUUUACUAUGUGGCUUAAAUACCUAUGACCUUUUGAGGGAGUGAUUUAUUCCAAUAUAAUAUUAUAAAUGGUAUAAUAUACUUUUUGAAUAAAUAUACAUUUCUGUUUUAAAAAUAAUUUUGCAUAUGGUGAAUGUUGAAUUUGGUAGUAUUGGAUCUGUUGCACCUGUGAAAUGUAAAUUUCUAAAAUGUCAUCUGAAAAUGGACAAUAACUUUAUUUUUAGAGAAAUUUUAGUUAGCUACUUAGGUUAGAAUAUAUGAGAUUUUCUGACAUUUAUAUGUUUGGAGCUUAAAGGGAAAACAUAAAAUUCAUUUAAUGAAAAUGUCACUUUUAAUAUUAUAAGUUUUAGACAAGACUUCAAAGGAUAGUUUGAAUGGAGAAGUGAAUUAACUUUUAAUUGCAUAUAACAAUGGGAAUGAUUAGUAAGUAGCUGAUAUUUUCACUUUUGAUGUAAAGCUGUGGGAUUAGACAUAAAUUCAAAAUUAUAAAGAAGAAAUGAUUUAAAUAAAUUCUAUUAAACAUAAUUCCAUUUCAAAGUACUAAAUAAAAUAAAAUAAAAUAAUUCGCCCUGACUUGGAACAAAAUGCUUAAUAAAUACAGAUUUAUAUCUUCUGUGAGUUUCCCUCAUUUAACUUACCUACAGAUGAAAAGUCAUCUAAUGAGGGAAAAGAGACAUUUACCUAGAACCCUCUGUAAUAGACUUUACGACUUUCUCUGGCUCAAAUGCAGAUGAUUUCCCCUUACACAGAUUUUCAGCUUAUCAAGAAUCAUCACUGCUGCCUCUUUGUAACGCCAUGUCAGGAAGGGGCCACAUUUCUAGCAGCUACUGAAGAAGCAUCACAGGUGGGAAUGAACUCAGGACAACCAAAGAAUGCAAGAAAAACCAGAGAUACGGAAUUUAUUCCACACUAAAAAGUACAUUAAAGUGUAUUAAAGUGUACAUACAUAAAACGUUUUCAAAAUGUCACGGGUUUCUGAUAUCUAGACUUAAAUACUUGGCCAAUAAAAAAAAGUCCAUGGGGACAUGAUGGUCAAGGCUCUGAUGUGUAGUCUGUCUUUAUACAGCAACAAUGUCCAAAACCCUGGUUCUGAGUAUCACUUCUCUCUAAAAAUAAAAAUGUGUAUGUUC